CAUGCGUCAUGUCUGCUGGAAGUGCCGCGCUCAGCCCUCAGGCCUCUCUCCUGACCAGCUACCAUGGGUAACGCACUCUCCGAGUUUCAGAAGAAGCUCCCUGCUCUCGGGCAGAUAUACCCGCCGAAGUCCAAGUUCAGCGUCGACCUGAUUCCGGACCUGACGGGUCGCGUGAUAAUCGUUACAGGUGGUAACACCGGGCUAGGCUACGAAACGGUCAAGGCACUAUUGCAGCAUAAUGCGAAGGUGUACCUUGCUGCACGGAGCAAGGAGAAGGCAGAGAAAGCGAUUACCUCAUUGAAGGAGGCGACAGGCAAGGAGGCCGUCUUUCACGAGCUCGAUCUGAGUGACCUAGCGGCCGUCAAGAAGUCCGCCGAAGAUUUUCUCAGUAAGGAGAAAGAGCUCCAUGUCCUAUACAACAAUGCGGGAGUGAUGUGGCCCCCUAUCGAGAUGCUCACGAAAGACGGUCAUGACCUCCAGUUUGGGACGAAUGUUGUCGGCCCGUUCCUCUUUACCGAGCUACUCAUGCCGGCCCUAAUUGAAGGCACGAAGACAUCCCCCGACCAGCAUGCGCGCGUCAUCGUUGUCUCGUCGAGCGGAGCAUACGCCGAGACGCUCCACUGGGGCACCUUCAAAGAUUCCCCGGAACGGCGCAAACUGUCGACGCAAUCUCUGUACUACCAGAGCAAGCACGCCAACGUCAUAGUCGCGCGACAGAUUGCAAAGCGCUAUGCCGACAAGGGCAUCGUUGCGAUCUCGUUGAAUCCAGGGAACAUCACGACUGACCUCCAGCGCUACGUGCCUCCGCUCGCGUCCAAGAUCAUGAGCACAAUUCUCCUCUACCCUGCACCUCAGGGUGCGCUCACGCAGCUGUUUGCUGGCACGAUGCCCGAGGCUCUGAACUACAACGGAGAGUAUAUGAUUCCGUGGGCACGCUUGGGCAAGUGCAGGCCGGAGUGCUACAAUGACGAGAUCGGGGAACGGCUGUGGAAGUGGCUGGAGGACGAGGUCAAGUCGUAUCGUACUUGAAGGUGCAAAGCUGCCUGUAAUAUCCGAAAGCGCUUUCAGUCGUGAUUCUGGUGAACUCGUGGUAGUUGGAAGUGCAUGGCAACCCUCGAGC